AUGGCAAUGCAACGUGAGGCAGGCGUGCAGGACUUUGUCCUUUUGGACCAGGUCAACAUGGAGAAGUUCAUGGACAAUUUACGUAAACGCUUCCAAGUUGGCUCCAUUUACACAUACAUUGGCGAGGUGUGCGUCUCGAUGAAUCCCUACAGACAGAUGAACAUCUACGGCCCGGAGACCAUACGCAAAUACAAGGGUCGGGAGCUAUUCGAGAAUGCCCCGCAUGUAUUUGCCAUUGCCGAUGCGGCAUACAGGGUGCUCAAGCAACGGCAACAGGACACUUGUAUACUAAUUUCUGGCGAAUCGGGUGCUGGUAAAACAGAAGCAUCCAAGAUAAUCAUGAAGUACAUCGCAGCAGUAACGAAUGCACAAGGGCAAAAUGAAAUUGAAAGAGUUAAGAACGUGCUGAUCCAGAGUAAUGCGAUACUGGAGACCUUUGGCAAUGCGAAGACGAAUCGCAACGACAACUCAAGUCGCUUUGGCAAAUAUAUGGAUAUUGAGUUUGACUAUAAAGCCGAUCCAGUGGGUGGCAUUAUAACCAAUUAUUUGUUGGAGAAAUCGCGUGUGGUUCAGCAACAACCAGGGGAGAGGAAUUUUCAUAGCUUUUAUCAGCUGUUGCGCGGUGCCAAUGACAAUGAGUUGCGUCAAUAUGAUCUGCAGAAAGAGACGGGAAAAUAUCAUUAUUUGAAUCAGGGAAGCAUGGAUAUACUGACCGAGAAAUCGGACUAUAAGGGCACAUGCAAUGCCUUUAAAACCUUGGGUUUUACAGCCGAUGAAGUGCACACCAUUUGGCGUACUAUAGCCGCCAUUCUUCAUUUGGGCAAUGUGGAAUUUCAAACCAUUGAGGAUGAAUUGGUGAUUAGCAACAAGCAGCAUUUGCAAUCCACUGCGAAGUUAUUGCAGGUAACCGAAUCGGAACUGUCGCAGGCAUUGACCAAACGUGUUAUUGCUGCUGGCGGAAAUGUUAUGCAGAAGGAUCACAAUGCCACCCAGGCGGAAUAUGGCAAAGAUGCCCUGGCCAAGGCCAUUUAUGAUCGUCUCUUCACUUGGAUCAUAUCCCGCAUAAAUCGUGCCAUUCUCUUCCGGGGCAGCAAGAACCAAGCGAGAUUCAACUCGGUUAUAGGUGUCCUGGAUAUAUACGGCUUUGAGAUAUUCGAUUCAAACAGUUUUGAGCAAUUUUGCAUUAACUACUGCAAUGAGAAGCUGCAACAGUUGUUUAUAGAAUUGGUGCUCAAGCAGGAACAGGAGGAAUAUCAACGUGAGGGCAUUGAGUGGACCAACAUUGAUUAUUUCAAUAAUAAGAUUAUUUGCGAUCUGAUUGAACAGCCACACAAAGGCAUUAUUGCCAUUUUGGAUGAGGCAUGCCUCAGUGUGGGCAAUGUCACCGAUGAUACUCUUCUCGGUGCCAUGGACAAGAACUUGAGCAAGCAUCCGCAUUACACCAGUCGCCAGCUGAAACCGACGGACAAAGAGUUGAAGCAUCGUGAGGAUUUCCGUAUUACUCACUAUGCCGGCGAUGUCAUCUACAAUAUCAAGGGGUUUAUUGAGAAGAACAAGGACACCUUGUAUCAGGACUUUAAGCGUCUGCUGCACAACUCCAAGGAUAUUAAUAUGAGUGAGAUGUGGCCUGAGGGUGCCCAGGAUAUUAAGAAGACGACCAAGCGUCCACUGACAGCUGGUACUCUGUUCCAAAAAUCCAUGGCCGAUCUGGUUGUCACUCUGCUGAAGAAGGAGCCAUUCUAUGUGCGCUGCAUAAAGCCCAAUGACAUCAAGAGCUCCACCGUGUUUGAUGAGGAGCGUGUUCAGCAUCAAGUCCGCUAUUUGGGCCUCUUGGAGAACGUCCGAGUGCGUCGUGCUGGAUUUGUGAAUCGUCAGCGAUAUGACAAAUUCCUGCUACGCUACAAGAUGAUCUCUCAGUACACUUGGCCCAACUUCCGGGCGGGAAGUGAUCGUGAUGGCGUUCGCGUGCUGAUCGAAGAGAAGGGCUUCGCCCAAGAUGUGAAAUACGGACACACCAAGAUCUUCAUUCGUUCCCCCCGUACUCUGUUUGCCCUGGAACAGCAACGCAAUGAGAUGAUUCCACACAUUGUGACCCUGCUGCAGAAACAAGUGAGGGGUUGGAUUGCCAGGCGAAACUACAAGAAGAUCAAGGCCGCUGUGACCAUCAUGCGGGCCUACAAAACCUACAAGCUGCGCAGUUAUGUCCAGGAGUUGGCCAAUCGUUUCCGCAAUGCCAAGCAAACGAGAGACUAUGGCAAGAGUAUUCAGUGGCCCCAGCCUCCCCUGGCCGGACGCAAAGCUGAGGCCAAAUUGCAUCGCAUCUUUGAUUUUUGGCGUGCCAACAUGAUUUUGCGCAAAUAUCCACGCAGCGAAUGGCCCCAACUCCGAUUGCAAAUCAUUGCCGUCACCGCUUUGGCUGGUCGUCGUCCCUAUUGGGGCCAGCAGCGCAAAUGGCUGGGCGACUAUCUGGCCAACUCCAUGGACAAUAGCGGCUACGAGGCAUACUCCACCAAUGUGCGCAAACUAAAGAGCAGCGCCCCCAGUGGCGAGUUAUUCCGCCAGGUGCUCUUCUCCGCCUUUGCCAAGAAAUUCAAUAAGCACAAUAAACAAGCCGAACGUGCCUUCAUCAUAACGGACACAACCAUUCACAAAUUGGAUGGCAUCAAGAAGAAGUUCCGCGAUAUGAAUCAUACGAUUGCCAUCAAGGAUUUAACUUCCAUAAGCGUAACUCCUGGCCGAGAUCAGCUAAUUGUCUUCCAUUCGCCCGAUAACAAUGAUUUGGUCUUUGCCCUUCAGGGCGAAACAUCCACACUGAAAGAGGAUCGCAUUGGCGAAGUGGUUGGCAUUGUGUGCAAAAAGUACUAUGAUGCCACCAACACCGAACUCCGGGUCAAUGUGGGCAGCAAUAUUGCCUGUCGCCUGGGUGAGAAGCCCAAGACAAUUGUCGUGGAAGGUGCUGCCAAUGUGGAGACUCCCAAUUUCCGACAUGCCUCUGGCAAUAUUAUCUUCGAAGUGCCCUCUUCAUAUUGCGUUUAAAUGAGAGAGAGUGAGAGAGAAGAGAGAGAAAGGGUUUUCAAACGAUACUGUGUGGACAUUAUUGUAAAUUACGCAAAACUUAAUUAUAGAAACUACAAUUUGUUUACUUCA